CUAGUGAGUUGCACAAAGUUUGCUUUAAAUAAUUUGCUUUUCUUACAUUGUCAAUUGAUAGCGUACGGUUUAUUGAGGCUUACUCUGAUAAACUAGCCUUACUUACAGUAAAUUUCAGUGUUUAUUGUAGGUGUAUUUAACAUUUCUCAUAUUUAAGUGUACGGAAACUAAUCCUAAUGUUAUUUACCGUACUCGGAGCUAUUGCUCUCUUCCUGAGAGAAAGAAACAUCAGUACCACCGUCUCAGGUCAAGAUGAAACACUGGACCAUCAAGAAGAAGGACUGGUCACGGUACCACCACCUGUGACCAACACUGAUGGUCCAGAAAUCGGUGACUGGUGUGAAGAAUCAUCUUUGCAUCUGGAGGAACAGAUCGAUGUUCAGAUUGAGGAACCAUCACUGGAGGAACCUGUUGAUGGUCAGAGUGUGGAACAAUCACUGGUAGAGCCUGACAGUGUUCACGGUGAAGAACCAUCACUGAUAGAGCCUGACAGUGUUCACGGUGAAGAACCAUCACUGAUAGAGCCUGACAGUGUUCACGGUGAAGAACCAUCACUGGUAGAGCCUGACAGUGUUCACGGUGAAGAACCAUCACUGGUAGAGCCUGACAGUGUUCACGGUGAAGAACCAUCACUGGUAGAGCCUGACAGUGUUCACGGUGAAGAACCAUCACUGAUAGAGCCUGACAGUGUUCACGGUGAAGAACCAUCACUGAUAGAGCCUGACAGUGUUCACGGUGAAGAACAAUCACUGGUAGAGCCUGUCGAUGAUCACAGUGAGGACUCGGCCAGCUCCUCCAGCAGUAAUGAUGUUCCUCCAAACAUUUCCUACGCUGAGUCCAGCAGUAGUGAUGACUUCCCUCAAGAGUUUUCCUCAGCCGGAUUCAACUGUAGUAGUGAGCUCACUGCCAGCUCCUACAGCAGCUUCUUCUCUGCUGAGUCGGGCUGUGGUGAUGACCCCUCCACAGAUUUUCUGUCAGCUGAGUCGGGCUGUGGUGAUGACCCCUCCACAGAUUUUCUGUCAGCUGAGUCGGGCUGUGGUGAUGACCCCUCCACAGAUUUUCUGUCAGCUGAGUCGGGCUGUGGUGAUGACCCCUCCACAGAUUUUCUGUCAGCUGAGUCGGGCUGUGGUGAUGACCCCUCCACAGAUUUUCUGUCUGCUGAGUCCGGCUGUGGGGAUGACCCCCCUCCAAAUGUGGUCCCUGCUAAGCCUGGCUGUAGUAAUAUCAAAUCUCCAAAUGUGGUACCUGCUAAGCCUGGCAUUCAUUUCAAAUAUCCAAAUGUGGUACCUGCUAAACCCGGCUGUAGUACUACCAAAUCUCCAAAUGUGGUCCCUGCUAAGCCUGGCAUUCAUUUCAAAUAUCCAAAUGUGGUCCCUGCUAAGCCCGGCUGUAGUAAUAUCAAAUCUCCAAAUGUGGUCCCUGCUAAGCCCGGCUGUAGUACUACCAAAUCUCCAAAUCCCGGCGUUCAUUUCAAAUCUCCAAAUGUGGUACCUGCUAAGCCCGGCUGUAAAGAUGUCGCUAAAGGUGCAACCUGUAAGACAAAGGACGCUGAUCCACCUCAGCCAAUGAAGCAGAAGGAUAAAGACACAAACAUCAUUGAGAUCAAAACAAGGAGCUAUAAAAUUGGAGCUAAGCUGGGCAAAGGAGGCUUUGGAACUGUUUUCGAAGGAACCCGUUUACAAGAUGGCCAACAUGUUGCAGUGAAAAUUGCCACGUUCGAGGUCAAGCGAUUCAUCCGUGUUGAUGGAUUUGACCAGCCACUUCCAGCGGAGAUCGCUCUGCACUUUCUUGCCAAUAAAGGCAUUAGGGUUAAAGAAAUUAUUAAGCUUCUGGAAUGGAAGGUGGAGGCCGAUCGCUACAUUAUGAUCCUAGAGCGGCCCAUAACCUUUAUGAGCUUAGAUGAAUAUUUAAAAAACCACAGUGGAAACAUCGGAGAGGACUUGUUACGGAAAAUCAUGUUCCAGACAACAACCGCAGCUCACGCGUGCUGCAAACGCAAUGUGUUUCACCGCGAUAUCAAGCCUGACAACUUGCUGUUUAGCCCACUGACCUUUGAAGUCAAAUUGAUUGACUUCGGGUGUGGUGAACUCCUAACUGAAGGCUUCUACUCUGACUAUUGGGGCACAUUAAAGUACUGCCCUCCAGAGUUUAGAAAGACUGGCAUAUACUACGGCGAGCCAGCGACAGUGUGGUCACUCGGGAUUCUCCAGUAUUUCCUAAUAAUGCAGCGAUUUCAUCACCGGUUGUCUGCAGAUUACCUACAGCAAUCGGCUAAAGCUGCAUACACUCCGUGUCCAUGCCUGGUUUGAGGUAAUGAAUAGAUUUUGAUGUCAGUGAAAUUAAACAGUCAUGAGCUGAGUUUCCAUCCUAAUGUGAAGCACAUCUUCUCAAAGUGCACUAAAUAUAUAUAUUUAGUAUUUAUAAAUGCGGAUUAUGUGCUAAUGAUUUCCAUCAAGUUGGUCGAGCAGCUGAUCUGUAGUAUUGGUAACCUCAUAACCAACAGUAAACAAGUGUAAUUGAGAAAUGU